GGAAGACGCCUCUCUGUUCGCUCUCAGCUUCUGGAUCAGAUUCUCCUGAUUCGGGGUUUCAGGAUCGGCUUCCUUCAGAGAAUUGAGGCAAAGUGAGGAGCUGCAACUGGACCGACCCGUUCAGCCGGUUCUGGACACCAAGUGGAUUUUUCUCCUGGUUAUUUCUGAGUCAAUGUUCUGCAGAUGUUUCUGUCCUGCUGUGACGGGAGGAAAAGCAGCUGGAACUGAUCAGACAGUGUUGGCUAAGUGGGUCAGAACCGGACCUGUACCAUGUGAAGCUGAACUCCUGCAAACUCUGCCGGAUCAGCCAGAACCCUUCGCGCAGUGAGGACGGGAAUGCGGCUGCAACUGAAGGAUCAUUGUUGGGUCUGAUCAUGGGUCAGCCCUGCCGCCGUUAAACCCGAUUCUCCUGGGGGUCAUGCGGUCUGACCCGGACUGAAGACAAAUCCAGACCCAGAGGGAUCCGGCUCCUCGGGGAGAUGGCGGCGGCCAUCGCCAGCUCCCUGAUCCGACAGAAGCGCCAAGCGCGAGAGUCCAACAGCGAGAAGGUCGCCACCAACAAGAAGCGCUCCAGCCCCAGCAAAGACCCGCGCUCUCUCUGCGAGAGACACAUCUUCAGCGUCUUCAGCAAGGUCCGAUUCUGCAGCGGGAAGAAGCGGCCGGUUCGGCGGAAACCAGAGCCGCAGCUGAAAGGCAUUGUGACGCGUCUCCACAGCGAGCAGGGCUUCUUCCUGCAGAUGCUGCCCGAUGGGACCAUCAGCGGCUGCAAAGACGAGAACAGCGACUACACUCUGUUCAACCUGAUCCCCGUGGGGCUGAGGGUGGUGGCCAUCCAGGGCGUGAAGGCCGCCCUCUAUGUGGGCAUGAACGCUGAGGGCUUCCUCUACACAUCUGAUAUUUUCACACCAGAGUGUAAAUUUAAGGAGUCUGUGUUUGAGAACUACUACGUCAUCUACUCAUCCACCCUGUACCGGCAGCACGAGUCGGGCCGGGCCUGGUUCCUGGGUCUGAACAAGGAAGGCAUCAUUAUGAAGGGGAACCGAGUGAAGAAGACUAAACCCUGCUCACAUUUCGUCCCCAGACCCAUUGAAGUUUGCAUGUACAAGGAGCCAUCUCUGCAUGAGCUGGAGGAGAAGCUGCUGAAGUCAUCGCGGAGCCCGACACUGAACAGCGGCCGCGCCAGGAGCCUGGACCGACCACAGCGGCGGUCCGCCAACUCCUCCACAGAGCGGGAGGCGUCAUAGCCUGCAGUGCCCCCACAGGAGGAGGAGGAAGAGGAUGAGAACUCCCAUUUUAACAAUCCCUGUGUUCAGCAACUACAACCACACCGACCAACCGCCAAGACAACGAUGAUGAAGAAAACAAUGUAAAAGGAAGAUUUUAAAAAUCCGGGGAAAUUCUUCUUGCUUGUGAUGAAAUAUUUAAGGAGCAAGGGCAUGGGGGAGGGGCUUGCUUGGAAAUUUAAAAAAAAUAUAUCAGGACGUUGAUGAUUGAGAUUUACAUUUUAUGCAAAAAGUCCUGCUGAAAUAGUACCAGGAGGCUAGCACACCUACUCCUCAUCAACACAUUGUAAUCAUCAUCAUUUCUGUCACAAUGAUGACAAAAUAUCUGUGGAGUCGGGCAAGCGCUCCGAACUCUAAAGCUUUAAACCAUGUAGAAACUUCACUUCUCUUUGUUUUCUAAUGAAUGCUAAAACCUUCGCACUUCCCACACGCUGUGCUUCUUCUCAUUCUCCGUGUUUUCUGUCAAAUCAGAGAGAGGAAUUUCUGUUUCAGGUGCCACAAUUUGUUUAGUUUUUUGUUUGAAAGGUCAGGGACUUGUUCUGGGUUUAGUCACAGACACUGCCGAUUCAAAGGUCUGGUGAGGUAAUGAUACACAGGAACUUCUUGGGUUGUCUGGACUGGACAACUUUCUCUAAGCAGUCAGGAGAAGGCCAUAUUUUUCUGGCAAGAUCUUUGUAUUUGUUCACUACAAACUACACAAAGUCCACUUUUCUGCAUGUUUCAGAUUCUUCAGCACUGUUAGAAUGAUUUCUCUGCUCCCACACCUGUGCCGCUUAGAGCCUCUAUCUGGAAAACCAUCUUCAAACACUUCAAAGUGUGGAGCUUUAAACUUUGAAACAACAAUUUUAGUUUGCUUCUUGAACGCAAAAAGGAAAGACAACAAAGCUGCUCUGAGAGGUGCUCUGAAAUUCAUUUGAAGAAAAAAACAACAUGCUAACAGAUGUUAGCAUGAACGAAAAUUAACAACUUUCUGCUACUUUACCUUGUCUUGAUAAAUAAUGUGUUUGACAUUUAGCAAUGUCAAACAUUACUAAAAUCCCCAUACAAGAAAAAAGGUAAAACCAUUUGUUAACAGUUCUGUGUUUACAUUUUUACCUGAGUGGAAAUGCAUUUUGUUGAUAGGGGCACUUUCUGCAUGUCAGUUGAAGUUAAAGACAAAAAACUUAGUAUGAAAACAAAGUUUUGCCACAGACUUGAUCCCUGACUUUGACGUCCAACUCACUGGGAAGAAGGUUUGGUUUGUGAGGACUUCAGGUCCUGAUAAGGCUGGUGACCAGACUGGGUCCUCAUAGGGACAUAAAAACAAGAGCACACACACCCACACCUUUAGUUUUUCUGUCAUCCUUGUUACAUGAAAUUCAUUUCCAACUAAAUGUUUGUCUAAAUAUAACCCAAAAAUUUGGACUUUAAUACCAUUGAGGUUAUUGAGAAUGGUGAUGUUUAAGCCAGAAAAGCUCCCAAUGAAGCAACAAAAAUAAGUACACACAUAGGUCUCUAAAAACUACAGGAAGUAAUUCAAAAUAGCUCCAUGUACAAGACAAUUUUUUUAAUUUUUCUGUCUGUGGAUAAGUAAUUACAAAAGAGUAAACUAAAAGAGGAAGUGUAUGUAAAGCUUAUUAAGAUCAAUAAAUGAAAUGUGUUUUAUUCAGGUUUGUUUAGAUUACUUUAAGAACACCAGUCAAUGAUUUGCUGCUUCUUUGGCCAGAAAGCAAACACUCCCCCAAAAUCAGAAAUGAAAUGCAAAGAUUUUGACAUGCUUUGAAACGAUGGUUUUCAUAGGAAUUACGCUUUGUGAAGAGGGUCCUGAUGCUCGGUGUGAAAAGUCAGGAGUGGGAGGAGUCUUAAGUGUUCACACACGUCCGGAGUACUGACACUUUGUAGGCAGAGAUUAUUGCAUGAUUUAUUUCCUAAGAGCACAGCGGCGCCCCCGCAGUCGCUCAGGGGAAUUUUAAUGAUUUAUUAACUCACUAACAGCAGAGUUGUGUAACGGAAAACAGGCUCCACCCACCGUGUGACCUCAAAUAUAUAAAAUACAAUCAGAGUGCUAUAACACGAUGAGCUCUUAUUGGUCCAAUUUUACAGUAAAAUAUAAUCCAUAGACUACGGAAGGAAAUUGUUAACCAAUUAAAUCUGUAAAGGAGGGAAGAGGACGGUAUUUUCUGAUCCAACCAAAGGCAACCAGGUGAUUUCAGGUUAAGCUGAUAAUCCAUAACUCCUGGUGGAAUGUGUCAUUUUUUGUUGUUUUAAUUUAAAUAAUAAAAUAUGAGAAAUAUCCAAUAUUGAAAGCUGGCAGAAAAAGAAAAUUUGUUUUAUUAAAUGAUAUAAUUUUAUUCAAAAUAUUUUGUAAGGAUUAAAUCUCUCCAUUUUAUUUUCAUGUUAAUAUUUUCAUGUUAUAUUGUUAUACCAGUUUAUCCUAAUAUAUUUCAAAUUAAAAUGUAUUCAUUUUUAUUUUUCUCAAAUAUUAGUUGUUUUUAAGUUUCUUAUGCUUGUAGCAAUCUGUUUUUGACUCACAGCAAAAGGUCAUUUUUAACUUAAUGUUUUUAGAAGAAAACCAGAAGGAUCUUAAUCUAACAAACUGUUAAUGUUAUGGUGUGUUAAAGAAACCUGGGAUUUCUAAGCGUCAGUCCAAAAACGUAACUGUUAGGUUAAUUGGUUUCUCUCAAUUGCUCUUAAGUAUGUGUGUGUAUGGCAGGGAGUUUUAGCAUAAGAAUUGUUUUGUCUGACUAACCUUACUUACUUUCAAGACAUUUAAAAAUGUGUUUUAGUUUGAAAUAAUAUAUUUUGACUAUUCUGAAUGAUAAUUUAAGAUUUAUGCAUUUAGAUCCUAACUGGAAAGAACAUAAACUUUGUGAAAUAUACAAGAAAUUUCCUAUUAUUCUCUGCCAAACAAUGCACUUAAAAACAGCUUUAAAGAGUAAAAGUACUGCUGCAGCCCAUUUUCAAGGUGAAAAUAGAGUAUUUUCAAAAAUAUUUCUUAACAUAUCUUUUUAAAAUUCUAUGUAGAUCUGCAACAUUUUGACAAGACAGAAUAAUUAUUCAGGAUAUAGUCAGAAGGUUAAUUCAAGAUAUAUGAAACAGAAAAGUCAUCUAGAUUAAAAAAAUGUUUCUGAAAUUUCUAAUUUAUUUGGAUAUGUAUUAAGUAUUAAAUUAGAGUUCUAGUUAUCGCUGUUAGUUUUGUUAAGUCAUUAAUUGCUUUCAAGAUAUCUCCAAUGUAAUUUGCAUUAGUUGAAGAUUAUAUAUCAUCUUAUUCAAGAAUACUUCCAAAAAACUUUAUUUAGAAUUAUAGUCAGAACAAAAGGUGACAUUUUUCAAAUUUGUGAUUAAUUAUAAUUUAAUAUGUCUCAGUCAGUAAUCAAUCUUAAAUUGAAGCCUCAAUAAACUUUAUCCUAAAUCUGACAUAAUUUAGUCAUAAUGCAAUUACAGAGAAUUUACUUAUGUAUAAUUUAUGUAAGUAAAGUUAUGUUAAAACGGCCUGCCUUAGUUGUAUUUAUGGUUUACCUGUAUGUCUCUGUGGUGUAAAAAGUUUCACAAAAUGGAUGAAUGCAUUUAUAGAUGUUUUUAUAUGACUCAGUUUUUUUGGAGAGAUUUAUUAAUGUAAUUUAAAUAGAAAUUAUAUUGAAAAAAAACCUAAAAGUUAUUUCCUGGGUUUCUUUCCCCACCGCGGUGUGUUCAGGAGUCGUUCAGGAGUUGUUCAGGCGUCGGCUUAUGGGAUGUGGUGGCAGCAGAUUCAACACUGCCCUCUCUUCUGCAAACAGCACUGCCCUGAAACUGAAGCUACUUUACUGCAAUGCCAUCUGAAUUUCAUAAAUCUGAAUCAGGAAAAUUGCUGACAGAUCAGAGAAACGUUUACAUUUUAACAUCCAAUAACCUCCAUAUUUGUUUAACUGUUAUAUGUUCAAGUUGUAGCACUGCCCCCUGCUGUUUGUUUUCUCCCUUUAACUCCUGACACCAACCGGGUUUCCUGAAAACAGGUCAAUAGAAAAACAGAAAAGAUAGAAAAAAACUGGGAGUGAUCUUUUAAUUUUCUGAGAUUUUUUCCUGUUUACAUCUUUACGAUCUGCUGACCUGCAGCAGGAAACCUGACAAACUUCAGACGUUUGGUUUUUCAGCAUUUUCAGGAAGCUUGCUUCCUCCCAUCAGCCGAAUCCGGAACAAUAUAUCGGUUUGGGUGUUCUGUUUGACCCCUGACCCUUACGAUCACAGUGGGCGGGGUCAACAAUCCUCUAACUCUGUUUGGCUGCCUGAAUCAAAUGAAAAACUGAUGGGGUGAUGGAGGGAAAUGAAUGAACCAAUCACAGCCCACCAUUCUCCCUCUGAGAAAGUCUUCCACUUUGGGAUUUUAAAUGGACCGUGAGGAUUGUAGAGACUGCUGACUUUUCCCAGAGCGCUGGGGAAAUUUUAGCGUCUUUUUUUCUGCCACAUCAGCUGCUUCAGACCAAACAGAAAUAUGUCUUAAAUUGCUUUCUGCUCUGAAGCAUCCGUGCCUUCAGGUGACCGCAAAACAUCACAGCUCAUACUUUAAAGUAUGGAAGGCCAACAAGGCCAAAAAACAGAAAGACAUUGUAAAUGAUGAACUUUUUUAAAAUUAUUUCAUUAAUUUGUUGUUCUCAGUUCAUGUGUAUAAUCUGGAAAAAAACGUCAGAGAGGAAAGUUGCACUUUUUUCAGUUUUAUUUCUUAAAAUCAAUUGUAGAAAAUUCUAAUUAUAUUCAUGAAAGAAUAAAUCUUUGUCAUAUGUUAAGUUUUUCACAUUUAUGAUUAACUUUUCUUCUAGGUUUUUUAAAUUUUAUUAAUUUGUUCUUCCAGGUUCAUAAAUCCAAAAAAAAAAAUCAGAAAGGAAAUUUUUUUUUUCUUAACAAUAAUUGUAAAUAAUCAAAUCAAUGACAUACAUAAGAACAUAGAUCUCUGUUAUAAAUGUUUAGUGCUUCUUAUUUAUGAUAAACUUUUCUUUUAAGUGUAAAAACUUUUCCACAUUUUUUUGUUUAAUCCUGCUGAUAUUUUUGGUUUUUAAUUUCAAUCCUUAUUAGAGAAUUUCAUAUUAAUUUGUUGUAUUGUCAGAAAACACAGAACACCUCAAAGUGAAAGCUUAUAAUUCCAAUGGUUAUCCUGUCACCUGAAGGCAUCACCAUGGCAGAGCAGAGACUGUGCAGUGAAAGUCUGUAAUCCCUGAAGCGGUUCAGUUCUGAAACUGUAGGGGGCGCUGGAAUCAGUGCCAGGAAUCAGUGAUGAAAUGUGGGAAUCUGUUGAGAAUGUUUUUUGUGUUUGCUGAUGUUUGCACCGUCAUAUAAAUGCAUCAUGUAUUAGAAAAACUCAUCGCAAAUACGCAGCAGGAUGAAAAAUUUAAAAAUGACAAUAAAUCAAAAAUUAAAAAAGAAAGAAUUUCA